AUACAUAAAAGGAACAAUAGGAAGAAAGCAAGGUAUUUUGAAAAGCUAUUUCAAGGUUACGUAAUAAAGAAAAGAGAUCUAAAGUCUGCGCCUCCUCGAUCAACCCCUUCGAACAUGAACCUAGUCUGGAAAGAUGAUCCAAUAGACAUCAGAAAAGUGGUUGAAGAAGUUGAGAAAAAUGGAAGAACAAACCUCUACUCUGCUCAGAGAUUCUGUAUCAUCUGCAGAGUCCUCUCAUAGGAACUCCACAAAAAGAACAGGAACUGUAUGGACAGCAAUUGCCCACAUAAUAACAGGAGUUAUAGGGUCUGGGGUGCUGUCACUGGCAUGGAGUGUAGCUCAGCUGGGGUGGAUUUCAGGCCCAAUAUGCAUGGUGGUGUUCUGUGUAAUGACUAUAAUUUCUUCAAACUUGCUUUGUGAUUGUUACAGAUAUCCUCAUCCUGAAAUUGGGCCCAUCAGAAAUAGAUCUUUUGCUGAAGCUGUUAGGUGUUACUUAGGCAAGAAGAACUCGUGGAUCGCAGAAAUCUUCGUUCAAGAAGGCUAUUACGGCUGCGGGGUUGCUUAUACCAUAACAUCAGCUAUCAGCAUGAGGGCAAUUCUUAAAUCAAAUUGCUACCACAAGGAAGGACACGAUGCUCCAUGUGAAUAUGGCGAUAGUUUCUUUAUCCUUCUAUUUGGAGUUGUUCAAAUACUAUUUUCUCAGAUACCUGACUUUCAUAACAUGGAGUGGCUCUCAAUAAUUGCUACAAUCAUGUCCUUUUCAUAUACCUUCAUUGGACUCGCACUCAGUCUCGCAAAAGUUGUAGGAGACGGAGAAAUCAAGGGAGAUAUUAGUGGAGUAUCUACAGCUGCAUCAGUUCAAAAAAUAUGGCUCUCCUCACAAGCACUUGGGGAUAUUGCUUUUUCUUUCUCGUACAAUACGAUUCUUCUGGACAUACAGGAUACUCUAAAGACACCGCCCCCAGAAAACAAGACAAUGAAGAAGGCGUCAACUACAGCUAUAAUUAUUUCCAGCUUCUUCUCUCUCUGCUGUGGGUGUUUUGGAUAUGCUGCUUUUGGCAAUCAAGCGCCUGGAAAUCUGUUAACGGGCUUUGGAUUUUAUGAACCCUACUGGCUUAUCGACUUUGCCAAUGCGUGUAUAGUUCUUCAUCUUGUGGGAGGAUAUCAGAUCUACAGUCAGCCAUUGUUUGCAGUAACUGAGAGAUGGAUUUCAAAGAAGCAUCCGAAUAGUAAAUUUGUGAAUAAAGAACACAGAAUUAAGCUCCCAUUACUGCACGAUUUCAAGUUGAAUCUUCUUCGGCUUUGCUUCAGAACUGCAUACGUUGCAUCUACAACGGGAGUGGCUAUUCUUUUUCCUUAUUUCAACCAAGUUUUAGGAGUCAUCGGCGCUCUGAAUUUUUGGCCUUUGGCAAUAUAUUUUCCUGUGGAAAUGUACCUUGCGCAGAAUAAUAUACGAGCUUGGACAAGAACAUGGACAGUUCUUCAAGCUUUCAAAAUACUUGGCCUUCUUUGCAACAUUAUAGCUUUAGUCGGGUCGAUAGAGGGACUCAUAAGCAACAGGUUGAGCUAGGGAAUUGUUGAUUUAAAGCUAAAUGCUUCUGUUGAUUGAUUCUUGUGAAUAUGUUCCAAAGGCUUUUGUUGGUUGCACCAAAACUUACAAAUGACAUAUGCUUACCAGUAAUGAGCCCAGAUUCAACAAAAAUGGUGCAGUUCUAUAAUAUUAUUGGGGAGAUUGGACUGUGAUGAAAAAGGUGUAUCACCGUAAUAGUGUUAUUUAUAUAUACACUGAAACAAGUAAUACAUGUGGAAUUCUGUGCAA